AUCAAUGGCUUCCAAAGCUUCUCUUCUUCUUCUCCUCCAACUCUCCCUUCUCACAGCAGGUGUUGUUUGUGAUGUAAUCUUCCAUUUUGACAACCAAUGCCCAUAUUCAAUAUGGCUGGCGGCGAACCCGUCGAUCGGAGACGCCGACCCGGAGAGUCCGCCGGACACGCUGGAGGUGUUCACGAUGCCUGACACGUGGACGGGCAGCAUCUGGGCCCGCACAAAGUGCUCCAACGACCCCUCGUUCAAGUUCUCCUGCGAAACCGGCGAUUGCGGGUCAGGCAACAUAAUCUGCGACUCCUCUCCACCGGCUCUCCCGGUCACCCUCCUCAACUUCGCCAUCAACCAGUCCGUGGUCCACUACGAGCUGAGCCUGAAACACGGCUUCAACAUCCAGGUCCGGAUCCAGCCCGACGGCGGCCACCUCGUCGACGGCGGCUCCGGCCCCUGCCCCGUCGUCGACUGCAUCCAAAACAUCGGAAACGUUUGCCCGGCCUCGCUCGUCGCCACCAACAAGGACGGCGCGUACGUCGGCUGCUACAGCGCGUGCGACGCCUUGAAGUCGCCGGAGUACUGCUGCAACUCGCCCAGUUGCCAGCCGGAUCAAUACUCCAAGACGUUCAAGAAUUCGUGCGCUCUGGCCCACACGUAUCCCGGCGAUAAUUCUCCUCCCACCUACGGAUGCACUGGUUUUAAUACCAUUAAUGUAAUCUUCUGUCCCAUUAUUUGAAUUAAUCCCGUUUGAUAAUGUUUCCCUUGAUUGUUCUUGUUUGUUUUUCAU